AUGAAGUUCGCCUACCGGUUCUCCAACCUGCUAGGUGCUGUCUAUCGCCGCGGGAACCUGAGCUUCACCCCCGAUGGCGAUGCCGUCCUCAGCCCUGUUGGCAACCGUAUCACCCUCUUCCACCUCAAGGCCAACAAGUCGGAAACGUUCCCUGUGGCAACACGGCUCAACGUGACGUGCGUGGGGCUGUCUCCAGAUGGAAGCCUGGCCAUACUUGUUGACGAAGAGGGAGCUGCUCUGCUUGUCAGCUUAAUCACGAGGUCAGUAAUACAUCAGUUCCACUUUCAGAAGCCAGUGCAUAGCGUCUGCUUCUCCCCUGAUGGCAAGAAAUUUGUGAUCACAAAAGACAAUGUUGCUCUUAUGUACCAUGCUCCUGGGAGAAAGCGAGAAUUUAAUGCCUUUGUUUUGGACAAAACGUACUAUGGUCCAUAUGAUGAAACAACAUGCAUUGACUGGACCGAUGAUUCCAAGUGUUUUGCAGUAGGUAGUAAAGACAUGUCAACAUGGGUGUUCGGAGCUGAGCGAUGGGCUAACCUGAUCUAUUACUCACUGGGAGGGCACAAGGAUGCAAUUGUAGGCUGUUUUUUUGAAGAGAAUAGUCUAAAUAUAUACACAGUUAGUCAAGAUGGGGCUCUCUGCGUGUGGCAGUGUGAUACAGGUCUGGAUGGUCUGAAGUCUAGGCCUCCUAAAGAUACAGCCAAGGACAAGAACAAAUCAACAAUAGACUUGGGUGAUGAUUUUGCUGAGCAGUGUAAGGGAGAGGAGAUCCAUGGAAAAGCCAGUACAAAUAAACAAGAGAACAGAGAGAAAGUGAAAUAUUCACGUGUUGCUAAGUAUUUUUUCAACAAAGAGGGAGAUUUUAAUAAAUUAACAUCUGCGGCUUAUCACAAGAAAAUACACCUCCUUGUCACUGGUUUUGCUUCUGGAGUUUUUCAUCUCCACGACCUUCCAGAGUUCAACUUGAUCCACUCCUUAAGUAUUUCAGACCAGAGGAUUGCAUCUAUUUCUAUCAACUGCACUGGUGACUGGAUUGCCUUUGGAUGUUCAGGUCUGGGUCAGCUGCUGGUGUGGGAAUGGCAAAGUGAGUCUUAUGUACUGAAGCAGCAGGGCCAUUUCAACAGUAUGGUCUCGCUGGCAUAUUCUCCAGAUGGACAAUACUUAGUUACUGGAGGGGAUGAUGGGAAAGUAAAAGUAUGGAACACCAGUAGUGGCUUCUGUUUUGUCACAUUUACUGAACACACCAGCAGUGUCUCUGUUGUAACUUUUACGUCUACUGGUUAUGUUAUUUUGAGCGCUUCGCUGGAUGGAACAGUGCGAGCCUUUGACCUUCAUAGAUACCGGAAUUUCCGCACCUUCACUUCUCCACGACUGACCCAGUUCUCUUGUUUAGCUGUGGACUCCAGCGGUGAGAUUGUUUCAGCUGGUUCCCAGGACUCUUUCGAAAUCUUCAUCUGGUCAAUGCAGAGUGGCAGACUCUUAGAUGUCAUCUGUGGUCAUGAAGGCCCCAUCAGCAGUCUUUGUUUUAACCCGAUGAAGAGUAUCCUAGCUAGUGCUUCUUGGGAUAAAACAGUUAGAUUAUGGGAUAUGUGUGACAGCUGGAGAACCAAAGAGACCCUAACACUGAACUCAGAUGUGCUUGCUGUUGCUUUCCGACCUGAUGGCAAGGAGCUUGCGGUUGCAGCCCUGGAUGGACAAAUAACUUUCUGGGAUUCUGAAAAUGCAGUGCAGACUGGCUCAAUUGAGGGAAGACAUGACCUUCAAAUGGGAAGAAAAGAGUUGGAUAAAAUAACAGCCAAGCAAGCUGCUAAGGGAAAAUCUUUUACCACUCUGUGUUACUCAGCAGAUGGCCAGUCUGUUUUGGCAGGUGGAUUGUCAAAGUUUGUCUGUAUUUACCACAUCGAGGAACAAAUUCUGAUUAAAAAAUUUGAAAUCUCAUGCAAUCUUUCCUUGGAUGCAAUGGAGGAGUACCUGGAUCGUAGAAAAAUGACUGAGUUUGGCAGCAUGGCACUGAUUGAUGAAGGAGCUGGGGACGAAGAUGGUGUUGCCAUUGCUCUUCCUGGGGUAAAGAGAGGUGACAUGAGUUCUCGGCAUUUUAAACCAGAGAUAAGAGUGACAAGUGUCAGCUUUUCUCCCACUGGACGGAGCUGGGCAGCAACCACCACAGAAGGCCUUCUCAUUUACUCUCUAGAUUCUGGACUGGUUUUUGAUCCUUUCGAGUUGGACAUUGACAUCACACCCAGCAGCAUACGUAAAGUGCUGCGUCAGAAGGAGUAUGCCAAGGCCAUCAUUAUGGCCUUCCGAUUGAAUGAGAAAAAAUUAAUUCAGGAGGUUAUGGAGACUGUGCCAUAUAAUGAAGUUGAUGUAGUCUGCUCAUCAUUGCCAGAGGUGUAUGUGGAAAAGGUGCUGGAAUUUCUAGCCUCUGCCUUUGAAAAAUCUCGUCACUUAGAAUUCUAUCUUAUUUGGACUCGGAGGUUGCUCAUGCUAUAUGGACAGAAAUUAAAGACAAGGUCAGGGAAACUGCUGCCCAUGAUUCAGUACCUUCAGAAGAGCCUCCAGCGUCACUUUGAGGAUGUUUCCAAGCUCUGUGAGUGGAAUCGCUAUAACAUUAAAUAUGCUCUGGCCAUUUCACAACAACGUGGCAUGAAACGUUCAGCAGAAACAUCAGUGGGUGAGGAGGAGAUGGAAGAGUCUGACAGUGAUUAUCUAAUGGAACAUUCAGCUGUGGAUUCAUGAAGACAACUUACUGUACCUUGAUUUGAUAAUUUCAUUUUGUGCAGGAGGGGACCUACAGAAAGAAUCAGUAAUGCAGUGGUAUUCACUGAGACUGAGUGGCCCUCAUAGUGGCUUUAUGUGUUGUGAGUUAGGGUGAGAUACCUGCAAAGGUACAGAAAAUAUAUAAACUUAAGACAGCAAAAGUACUGUUCAUACCCUACCUAAAAUAUAGCCUGGUGUGUCGUCUCCUUGAAGUCAUGGGACCCAAGCUGAUCAGCUUGGUUUUAUUGCUUUUGAAUCAAAACAAGACAUUUGUGUUCAUCUGUCAAUAAAGAUAGAACCAUGGGUGGAAAAUAGUUCUCUGCAUUUUUUUAUAAAAUGUAUAUAAAUAUAUAGGAGAUGUAUAUUUAGAAAUGUAUAUUAAUAUACAGGAAAACUGGAUAUUGUAAGUCACCCUUCUUUAGCCUCUCCUGUUUCCAAAAUGUUUGCAUCUCUGGAUUAAACUCCUUUUUUAUUCAUUUAUAUAUCCCAUUUUUAAAUAAAUAUUUGAAAGGUU